GCAGUCUUCACACUGACUGUGGUGAAAAGUGCUACUAGCAAUUCUACAAGUUGUAGGAGAAGCCAUGCCUGAACCUUCCAAGUCAGCGCCCGCCCCGAAGAAGGGCUCCAAGAAGGCGGUGACCAAGGCGCAGAAGAAGGACGGCAAGAAGCGCAAGCGCAGCCGCAAGGAGAGCUACUCGGUGUACGUGUACAAGGUGCUGAAGCAGGUGCACCCCGACACCGGCAUCUCGUCCAAGGCCAUGGGCAUCAUGAACUCGUUCGUGAACGACAUCUUCGAGCGCAUCGCGGGCGAGGCGUCGCGCCUGGCGCAUUACAACAAGCGCUCGACCAUCACGUCGCGGGAGAUCCAGACGGCCGUGCGCCUGCUGCUGCCCGGGGAGCUGGCCAAGCACGCCGUGUCCGAGGGCACCAAGGCCGUCACCAAGUACACCAGCGCCAAGUAAGUGCCUGUGCAGGCACCUCUUAACCCAAAGGCUCUUUUCAGAGCCACUAA